ACAAGCAAGAUGGCCCGAGCGGACGUCGAUGCCGAGUUCGGGGGACUGCCGGCGGCGCCGUACCGUCGGCGGAUCAUUGCCGACGAAUUCUUCGACGACGACGGCAAGGCCAAGCGAACAGGAACGGUGUGGACGGCGACCGCGCACGUCAUAACGGCGGUCAUCGGCUCCGGGGUGCUGUCGCUGCCGUGGUCGACAGCGCAGCUCGGCUGGGUUGCCGGGCCGGGGACGCUGGUCGUCUUCGCCGUCAUCACAUACUACACCUCCGUGCUUCUCACAGAUUGCUACCGCAGCGACGAUGCCGUGACCGGGAAGAGGAACUACACAUACACGGAAGCCGUCGAGUCCUACCUAGGUAGACGGCAGGUCUGGUUCUGUGGCCUCUGUCAGUACGUCAAUCUUGUUGGAACUGCAAUCGGGUACACCAUUACAGCAUCGAUCAGUGCCGCGGCUUUGUACAAGGCCAAUUGCUUCCACAAGAACGGCCACUCUGCCGACUGCACCGUCUACACAACCAUGUACAUGGUUGUCUUCGGGAUAUCCCAGAUCUUCUUCUCGCAGCUCCCCAACCUUAGCGAGAUGGCUUGGCUGUCGAUCCUCGCCGCGGUCAUGUCCUUCUCCUACUCGACUAUCGGCGUCGGCCUCGCAUUGGCGCAGACCAUAUCAGGUCCUACUGGCAAGACAACCCUUGGUGGCACUCAAAUUGGGGUAGACGUUAGUUCGCCCGCCCAGAAGAUAUGGCUGACAUUGCAAGCGCUCGGCAACAUUGCAUUUGCCUUCUCAUACUCCAUGGUUCUUAUAGAAAUUCAGGACACAGUGAAGGCGCCUCCGGCCGAGAAUAAGACGAUGAGGAAGGCCAACCUCAUGGGCGUCUCCACCACCACAGCCUUCUACAUGCUCUGUGGCUGCCUCGGCUACUCGGCCUUCGGCAAUGCCGCACCGGGGAACAUGCUCACCGGGUUCGGCUUCUACGAGCCCUUCUGGCUCAUCGACUUCGCCAAUGUCUGCAUUGUCGUGCACCUUGUCGGCGCCUACCAGGUGUACUGUCAGCCCAUCUACGCCGCCGUGGAGAAGUGGGCCGCGGCCCGAUGGCCGAGCUCAGACUUCGUCGUCCGACAGUACCCUGUCGCAGGUGGCAAGUUCAACUUCAACAUGUUCAGGCUGGUCUGGAGGACGGCGUUUGUCAUCGUGAGCACCGUCCUGGCCAUUUCGCUGCCCUUCUUCAACGAUAUCCUCGGCCUCCUUGGCGCGCUCGGGUUCUGGCCGCUCACCGUCUACUUCCCGGUGGAGAUGUACAUCAGCCAGAGCAAAGUGAAGAAGUACUCCAAAAAGUGGGUGGCUCUGCAGAGCCUGAGCUUCGUGUGCUUUGUGGUGACGGUGGCCGUGGCCGUCGCGUCUGUGGAGGGGAUCACCCUAUCGCUCAAGAACUAUGUGCCAUUCAAGACGAAGAUGUGAACAAAAUAGCUUAGUGUAGUCGGAUUUCAUUGGAGCUGUGUUUGAUUGGCGAAACCAAGUGGGAUGUAAGAGAAUAGUUUCAGAUUUUGGGGUAACCCAUAUAUAUGUGCCUGGAUAGCAAAAUAUAUCAAAUAUAUUCCACCCAUAUGUGGAACCAUGUUGUAAUACCAAUUUGGUGGAACUGUUCGAUUCCUCCUCUCUGAUUC